AUGCCGGUGGACAUCACACCUGUGCUAAAAGAAUGGAUGGAUCAGGAUGAGUUGGUUUCCCAGGCUGCAGUACACAACCUUGUGUCCAUAGGCGUUGGAAUGGACAUUGAUGCAGCGGAAUCACACGGCAUCUUGCUAGCCCCUGUGAUGAAACAUUUGGGACUGAAGCCAUGUAUUCAGGUAGUCAUGGACUUGGUUCUCUGCAUGUAUACGAAUUGCAAGCCGUAUGGGAAGAAGGUUCCCUCGAGUAACUUGCCUGUUUACAUAUCCAGCAAAGUUGCUCUCUAUCCGGCGCUAUCCUCUGUUAUGUGUAUGUUUUUCUUGGGGGGUGCCCAAGGCACUACGAUCCGGAAGCAUUCGUGGUACAUCCGCAGGCUUAUCACAACUUGGUCAAGGUGGGCAAAACGUGGGUCUUGUCCCCGUUCUGAGGGUCAAAGGCUGCUAUUCGAGGCUGCAGGUAUUCCCAUCCCCGAGAGAUCUGAGUCUGGAACCACUGAAGGUGAUGAAGAUGAAGAUGAAUAUGAAGGGAUGGAAGGAGAGGAGGAGGAUGAAUUUGAGGAUGAUGAGUGUGUAAAUGGUGAUGAUGUUGCUGAUGAAGAUGGUGAAGAUGAAGGUGAUGGUUGUGACGACCAUGACGAUGUAGAGGCUGAAAAGGUGGUGACCACAAAUGAGGCUGAAGUGACAAGGUGCGAUGAACGUGUUCCUACGCAUUCCGAGGAAGUGCCAAAGUGUGGGGAUCAACCGCCUGAUCAAUCAGAGGUUCUUGAUCAACCUGAUGGCCAAACGGUACCGACUUGCUUUAGCCCCACACUGGCAGUGGCAAUGGACGUGGUGGUCACACCUCCGCCAAAAAGAUGUUUUGUUGAUCGCAGGGGCUCAUCUUCUUCGAUCCUGUCUGGAGACAAGGUGGCUGACCCGAAGCUGGCUGAGCUUCAGGCCUUGAGAGAAAUAGAGGAGGAACUGAAGCAUCUCACGGCCUUGCAUCUGAUGAAACAACCCACGAUCGGGACAAUGGGAAACGACAGUAUGGAUCCAAUGGAUCUAAUGGACACGUUUCCUUUGUUGCCGGCCUACAUGGAUGACGUGGCAGAAAACCUAAAGAAAACAUUGGUGUUUGAACCACUGCCUUCUUCAAAGGAAUCACAUGGUGAUGAGAGUUCACCAAAGCCAGUUCCCAUGGAAUCAGAUGGUGGUGAGAGUUCACCAAAGCCAUCUCCCAUGGACCCACUUUUGUCUUGCAAGCCUGAUCAGUCUCAAGAACUGGCACCAGAAGAGGCCAUCCCAAGUCAGCAUCCAACCCCCAGUCAGCCACCUUGGCUCCGCACCCUGCAGUGA